CUCGUUUUUCAAUAUAUAUCCGGUUAAUUUGGUCUGAUAAGAGCAAAGGUGCUAAGUUUGUGUAACAGGCUAGUUUGUGGUUACCUGGUAAUUAUAUUCCGUGUGUACCUUGCUUUAUCAGCACCAUAAUAAUGAUGCACAGAUCAUGUGCUGCGCUUUCGAAUGUGAUUAGGACAAAUACAGUGAGAGCAGUGAAAUGUUCUCAAUGUCAAAUCAGUGUGUCAUGUGCAUCACUGUCCUCAAUGACACGGACUCCAUGUUACUAUGGCGUCCACUGCAGCCCUCAGUCUGUCUUGUCACAACCUAUCAGUUAUCAGAAGAAGUCGUACUGUAGCAAAGACUUCGAUUUUAAAAAUGACCCAGAACUGAAAUCAUUUUUAGAUGAAAUAAGAACUGACUUCAAACGUGAGAAGAAAUCUCAAGCAAACAGUGAUAAACCAACCGAACACACAGAACCUAUUUCACAAAAUGAAGAUGACAACAAAGACACACCAUCAUUGACUGAUGAUCUGAAAUAUGAUUCUAUGCAGCCUGAAAUAGAAGAUGUAGAACAAUUUGAGCGACAAGAAAUUGAACCACCAUGGGUCUCACCAAUUGGGUUAAAACGAGGUGUUAGUGGUGUGUUUGAAGUUGAUGAACUUGUAACACUUCUGGAGAAGGAGAAUGCUCGAGACAUUGUUGUUAUCAAUAUUCCACCCGAGGCACGGUUUGGAGACCAAAUGGUAAUUGUCAGUGCCGUUUCUCAUCGCCACCUCCGAAGCAUGUCAAGUCGCAUCAAGUGGGUGCACAAACAGAGGAAGGGGGCCAAGGAUCUGCCCUUGAGAGUUGAAGGCUAUGAGACAACUUCUGACUGGCAUGCCAUGGAUCUAGGGAACAUUAUUGUGCACAUAUUCAUGCCUGAGACUAGAGAACAUUAUGACCUUGAGACUCUGUGGACCAACUGGGGGGAACCCGGUCAAGUUCAACCGGAAGAGGACCCUUACACCAUUGACCCUGAGGAGGAAUUCUGGCAAAGCCUGGAACCUCCAUCAAGACCGGAAUCAAUGGAGAGUAAAGAGUGGAAAUAAAAGUCUUUGUGUGAUUAAA